AUGUCACUUGGAGGGGACGCCGGGCUAGAUACAAUACCAUUGCCCAAUGUCAUCGGCAAUGACAACGGCAACAAUAGCGAGACAGCUGGAAGACCGACAACUCCUCAAGAUGCAACGACGAAAGCAGUUCGCGAUGUUACAAGCUCGGAGGAAUUCGCACUUUUUCUUAAAAAGCGUUCUAUUAUGGAAGAGGAACACUCGAAUGGAUUGAAAAAACUGUGUAAGGCAACUGGAGAUAGUAUUCGCAAACCAGAGCAUCGGCAUGGUUCGUUCCUGCAGUCAUACGAAGAGGUUCUCAUUAUACACGAGCGAAUGGCCGAGAAUGGGGCUCAAUUUGGUGUGUCACUGCAUCAGAUGCACGAAGACCUAAUUGAAAUGGCAUCGAACAUAGAGAAGGGCAGGAAGCACUGGAAGAAUACCGGAUUGACAGCGGAGCAACGUGCUGCUGAUACCGAAGUUGCCAUGAGGAAGUCGAAGGCAAAGUAUGAUGCUCUAGCGGAUGAGUAUGACAGAGCUCGUACGGGAGAUCGGCAAUCGGGAAAGAUCUUUGGUCUCAAGGGGCCCAAAUCAGCAGCCCAACAUGAAGAGGAUCUGCUCCGCAAAGUUCAGGCUGCAGAUGCAGAUUAUGCAUCGAAGGUACAGGCUGCACAGAGUCAACGUACUGAGCUCUGGUCAAAAUCAAGACCCGAGGCAGUGAAAGCGCUAGAAGAUCUCAUUCAGGAAUGCGAUUCUGCAUUGACAUUACAGAUGCAGAAGUUUGCAUCCUUCAACGAGAAAUUGCUUCUGAGCAAUGGUUUGAACAUAAGCCCUAUUCGAGCCAAAGAACAAGGGACCUCAAAUCGUAGUCUUCGUGAAACUGUUCAUGCCAUCGAUAAUGUCAACGACCUGAGCAACUACAUCAGUAGCUUUACCGGUAAGGUACCAUCCCGAGUCACGGAAAUAAAAUACGAGCGUAACACGGUUUUGCAACCUGCACAGCAUAUAGCUCAACACCAAUCAGACCCCAGCACUCUUCACUUUCGACAAGGACCAGGAAUACCCCCUCAGCCAUCUCACCAGGUUCACAUGAGCCAACCUUUCAACCAAGGCGCCCCCCAAACUCAUCAGCACGAAAGAAGCAUUAGUCAUGGUCCAUCUCUUUCGCAACAUAUCGUUGCACCAGCUGCAUCUCCCGCGAACCAAAUAUCCACCUCUCCCGACUUUACUACCUGGCCAACUCGAGCGGAUGGACCUCCUCAGAUAUCAACAUUGCCAUUUCAACCACAGUCUCAAAGCGAGACAGUACCACAACAUACACCACCAAAUCCCACGUCUCAUGCACCCACGCCCCAUGCACCUGCGCCGUAUGGAGUUUCCUCAGGACCAGCAUUCGGGCUAGGACCAGUUCCAGGUUUAAGCCAUAACACACAUCUAGCACCUCUGAAACCAGUAUUUGGGCUUAGCCUCGAGGAGCUCUCUGAGAGAGAUGGCUCUGCUGUUCCCAUGAUCGUCUAUCAAUGUAUUCAAGCUGUUGACCUAUUUGGACUCGAGGUUGAAGGAAUAUACCGGCUAUCUGACGCAUCUAAGGUGGAUUUUUGCAACCCGGAAAGCUUCUUUCAUGAUGUCAACAGCGUAGCUGGUCUCCUGAAACAAUUUUUCCGGGAGCUCCCAGACCCUUUACUGACAGUUGGGCAAUACCCCGCUUUUAUAGAGGCUGCAAAGCAUGACGAUGAAAUAGUCCGUCGCGACUCCCUACAUGCCAUCAUCAAUGGCCUCCCUGAUCCCAAUUAUGCUACUCUACGAGCUCUGACUCUACAUUUAAAUAGAGUCCAAGAGAGCUCGGCGUCUAAUAGGAUGAACGCGAGCAAUCUGGCAAUUGUAUUUGGACCUACUCUCAUGGGUGCUAAUACAGGACCGAACAUCCAAGAUGCUGGGUGGCAGGUUCGUGUCAUCGACACCAUAUUAAACAACACCUAUCAGAUAUUUGAUGAUGAUUAA